GUAUAUUCGAAGUGUAUCUGCAGGGAAAAGAUGCAGAUAGAGCGAAAUUGUAUUUAUAGCACAUACUAUUCAACUUGCUGACUAUACACAAGAACCAUUAAUUUAUACUAUUUGGCAUUCGUUAUUAUACAAAAUGUCGGAAAUUGACACAGAUGACUUUAAGGCAAAGUAUAAACCAAAUGCAACAACAAUAACAAAUAAGGCAUUGAAAUAUUUUCCUAAUGUCAAGCACUUUUUCGAAAUUCUACUUCAAAAUACAAAUAUUACAACUAAACAUGUUGGACGAUCAUUUCAAUAUAAUCCGAACGUGGAGAGAUAUUUUUAUUUUAAAGCCCAUGGAGUUUUUAUGGAUUAUUUUAUAAGGAAACAUUUGUCCAAUAAAUAUAAUAUUAAAAUAACUGUUUCACGCACAGAGUAUAUUCUGGAAAAUCCUGAUAAUUACACUAUGGCAAAAAAUGAAACACUAUGGGAUUCUAUUAAAGAACAUUAUGAAAUUUUUAAAGAUUCCAACACCCAGGCAAUGGAUAUUAUUGAAAGUAUUAAAUUUGUAGCAUUUUCACAUUUAAUAUAUUUUGAAGAACCGAUACCGGUGCAUGAGUACACAGUAAAUGAGGAUAAUUUACGUGAAAUUAUAAGAUAUUUUGAAAGACUGCCAUAUAAAACGGUAGAAUUGCAUCAAAACCUAGGCUGUGAUUAUUUUAGUGCACAUGCCGAUAUAAUAUUCGACGACGAUGUGAUAUACGAAAUAAAGACCUCCAAAUUUAAAUCCCUUACAUAUGACAAACCUAAGAUACAAUUAAGUAAGUUUUAUCAAACGAUUAUCUAUGGAUUCGGUCUCUACAAAAAUACGGGAAUUAAAUUAAAAAAAUUCAAAAUUUACAACCCUUUAUUAGGCGAUGAGUUUUCUAUUGAAUUAGACAAUAUUGAUUUUGAGUUGUUUGAAAAAGUCCUGAAGCGCGAUGUGGCAGUAUUUAGUCGUUGGCGCGAAAUUUUAAACGAUGAAAUGAUUUUGAACUUGUUAUUAUUUUCUGGAGAAGAAGAUCAAAAAUAAGGUUAUGUAUGUAAGUUAUAUAUUUAAAUAAAUAUACAAUAAAUAUGUAUAAAAUAA